AUGGGAGAUCAGAUAAAGAGGCACGGGGCGGUGUCCGUGGUGGAUGUUUUGCGGCACAACGUGAUGCUCCUCAGGCUGAGCGGCGCGUGGCCGCCAGAGGGGGCGCGCGCAAGUAGGUGGUCCCGGCUCUACCCGCUGUACACGGCCAGCAUCUUCCUCAGCCAGGGACUCUGCAUCGCCAUGGGCCUGCUGCACGCCUACGAGUCGUGGGGCGACACCGACAGCAUCAUGCUCACGUUCGUCAACACGGCCACCCUGCUCGGCGGCGUCAUCAAACUGGCGCACUUCUGCAGCCACGUCGCAGACUACCGCCAGCUGGUCACCGACCUCCGCGACGUCGUCCGCUUGCAAUGGCCGGACUGCGAGCGGGACUCGGAGCUCAUGGCCACAUUCAGCGGCUCCUACCGCGGCGCCCUGAGGCUCACGUUCGGCAUGAUAACCUACCUCCACUUUGUGGGGCCCAUCUGGUACGUGAUGCCCGUAGUCGCCUGGGCCAUGGGAGCGGAGGGGCGACAUCUACCCUUCAUCGACUUGCGGGGCACCGUAAAGGAAAAUUACUCACUGUACCUCUUAAUCUACCUGGUGCAGUGCCAUUCCAUUUUCUACUGGUGCUUCAUCAGCCCCAGCCUAGACAUGUUCUUCGUUACAUGCAUGAUCCACGUGGCUGCUCAGCUUAGUAUCCUCAACACGCGCCUGACCGACAAUCCAGAAGGAAAUUCUAGUUUGAAAUGCUUCAUGUAUCUUCCCAUGCCAGCGUUACAGAUAUUCAUCUACUGCUAUGGUGGCCACGAACUAAUUGAUCAGGGCCUCGGAGUGUCGCUGUCGGCAUACAGCUGUGAGUGGGUCGGCGCCACCCGGCGUGACACCUCGUCGCUGCUCAUGCUGAUGUGCAGGGCGCAGAAGCCGCUGCAGCUGACCGCAGGCAAGCUCUACCCCAUCAACAGGAUCACGUUUGUUUCCAAUCCGUUUGAGUGUAACCUUGAUACUGAGCCAGAUGAAACACAGUUGAAACUCACUGAUUUGCAAGCGAAUAACUUGCUGGAAGAGCAGUACAGAGAAGGAGAUCUUGUAGCAGUUGGCAACUACCUGAUGUGA